AUGAAGGGCCUUUCCAUUUUUGCCUUGUCAUACUUGGUUGUCUCGGCCACUGCUGUUAAACAUGAGCUAUACAAAGAGUGUAAAGAUUCGGGUUUCUGCCUGAGAAACCGCUAUUAUGCUGGAAAAAUUUCCGAAUUGAAUACAGAUGCGCCUUACAAUAUCGAUCCCCAGAGCGUUGCAGUGCUGGAUAGAGGAAUCGAGGGUGUAAUCCUUAAAGACUUACCCCAAGGUAGGCAAAUACCAUUCCAAUUCGAACUUCUGUUAUUGAAGGGUGACAGCAUUCGCUUCAGAGUGGACGAAGAUCGUAAAAAUGUAAAAGCUGGACAUGGCAAAGUCAAUGUCAACCGUUUUGAUGGCACUGCAAACGCUGUGUUCGAUGAUGACCCAGAGUCUAAACGAUUGACGUUAGAUCUGAAGGUUUCGAAAACCAAGUCUGGAUUGCUCUUCAACUACGGAGAGAAAAAUUCCAUUCGUUUGGAGUUGAAUUACUCCCCAUUAAAGUUGACGGUUUCUAAAGAUGGCGAGCAGGUGUUGGUUGUCAAUGACAAGCAAUUUAUGAACAUUGAACAUUAUAGAGCCAAGGAGGAGAACGCAGACAAUAUCAACGCUGAAUUGGAAAGUGAUUUCGACAUGUUCAAGGACUCUUUCAAGGAUUCCAAAGAUGAUUCAUUGCCUUUGGGCCCAGAAGCGGUUGCUUUAGAUGCAACCUUUGUUGACUUCCAGCACGUCUAUGGUAUCCCUGAACAUGCCGACUCUUUCAGUUUGAAAUCAACAGUGAACACAGAUGCCCCAUAUAGACUCUACAACCUUGAUAUUUUUGAGUACGAGACUGAUUCACGGAUGGCUAUGUACGGACAGAUUCCUCUCCUUAUGGGUAUUAAAAAAGACGUUUCUGUUGCUAUAUUCUGGAUGAAUAGUGCGGACACUUUCGUGGAUAUCGACAAGCAAGCUUCCGUUAACGCACACUGGAUGUCUGAGAACGGUUUGUUGGACUUCAUUAUUUUGACAGGCGAUACUCCUACAGAGAUCAAUACUAAGUUCGGUUUGCUCACGGGCAAUGUCCAAUUACCACAAAAAUUUGCCUUGGGAUACCAUCAGUGCAGAUGGAAUUAUUUGACAGAGGAGGAUUUGCUAGACGUCCAUUCCAAGAUGGACGAGAACAGAAUUCCAUAUGACACAAUUUGGCUCGAUGUGGAAUACACCGACAAGAAAAAAUAUUUCACUUGGGAUGAAUCGCUGUUUCCUCAUCAUAUCAAAAUGAUGGAGAAGCUUGAUGAGACUGGACGUAAUUUGGUGGUCAUUGUCGACCCACAUCUCAAAACAGAGUACGAUGUAAGUGAUUAUGUAUCCAAACACAAUCUUGCUGUCAACAAUGUGGACGCAGAGCCUUACAAGGGCCAUUGCUGGCCUGGAGAGUCAAUUUGGAUCGAUUCGCUCAAUUCAAAAGCUCAAGAGUAUUGGACUUCCCUCUUCCAAAACUCUACCAAAGCAUUCAUUGGAAAGCAAAAUAACGUCUACCUUUGGAAUGACAUGAACGAGCCAGCCAUCUUCAACGGACCUGAAACAUCUGCGCCCAGAGAUAACUUACACUAUGAUAAUUGGGAACACAGAUCUGUGCACAACAUUUAUGGAAAGAGUUUUCAUGAGCUUACAUACAAUGCUUUAGUAGAGAGGCUGCGCGAAUCAACCCGCCAAAGACCGUUCGUAUUGACAAGAGCAUUUUUUGCGGGUUCGCAACGCACUGCUGCCAUGUGGACCGGUGACAACAUGGCGAAAUGGGAGUAUUUGAAAAUUUCCAUUCCAAUGGUCUUAUCUCUUAAUGCAGUCAAUAUGCCUUUCUCUGGGGCAGAUGUUGGGGGUUUCUUUGGUGAUCCAACAACAGAAUUACUCACAAGAUGGUAUCAAACUGGAAUUUGGUAUCCGUUCUUCAGAGCGCACGCACACAUUGACUCGCGUAGGAGAGAGCCAUAUUUGUUUGAUGAGCCAUACUUAUCUGUGAUGAGAGACGCCAUCAGGUUGCGUUACGCCUUGCUCCCAACAUUCUACACUCUUUUCCGAAAGUCCAGCUUGACAGGAGCACCAAUUUGGAAACCUAUGGCAUUUGAAUAUCCGGGAGACGAGAAAUGCCUCGAAGUUGAUGAUCAAUUCUACUUGGGCGAUUCUGGACUUUUGGUUAAACCGGUGACAGAACAGGGUGCUUCGAGCGUUGAUGUAUUUAUUCCAAACGACGGCCAGGUGUACUACGAUUAUACGAACGGGCGCUUCAACGAAAAAGCAUUGAAAGUUAAAAGCUCCGGAACGUUUACAAAGUCAGUCGAGUUGAAAGACAUACCCGUCUUCGUAAAGGGUGGCUCUAUUUUUGCAAGACAAGACAGGUACAGACGUUCGUCCAAGCUUAUGGAGAACGAUCCUUACACUAUCGUUGUUGCUUUGGACAAGAACGGCGCAGCGGAAGGUUCUUUGUAUUUGGAUGAUGGCGAGUCCUUUGGAUACACCGAAGGAGAGUACGCGGAUAUCUCCUUCAAAGCAACCGGAGGAAACAGGCUCGUAUCGACGAUCAAGAGCGGAAACGGCAAUUAUGGCAAAGACCACGGGGACAUCCUUAUUGAGCGCAUCAUUAUUGCUGGUGUUGAGAACAAGGUGAAUAGCGUGAUCAUUCUGGCGGACGGCAAGAAAUGGGAGACACAAUUCGUCCAAAACGGGUCACUUUUCGAAAUCAAACUGCCAAAUGUAGACGUCGCAUCGGACUGGUCAAUCCAGCUCUCCAGCAGUGUUGAGCAUGACGAGUUCUAG